AGAAAAAAAAAAACAAGAGAAAAAAAAGGAUACGGAGAAAGAAAAAACGAAGAUGAUCCCAAUCGGCAACAAUGAAUCAACCCCAUCUGCUAUCAGAUUGGAAUCACAGGAUUCGAAUCAGCUGAAACAAAUUAAUGGCGGCGUCGGUGCAUCUUCUCCAUCGUCAACAAACGACACACAUUCAGUGAAUGUCAACAAGGCAAAAUCUUGCAAAGGUUGCCUGUAUUAUUCGUCCCGUUUCAAAUCCGAUUCUAGAAACCCCGUCUGCGUUGGCCUCACUCGUUCUCUCCCCAACGUGCCUCGGCAUGUUGUCGGAAAAACUGAGAUGGAAGCAUCUAAAGAGGGUAGGAGCUUAACCGAUUUUAGAUAUGCUUGUGUUGGUUACUCUAUUUAUGUUGACCGGAAAGAACAUGGUUUAGACGGGCAAGAGACUCCAACAGAAUUGCCAGUGUGUACAGGUUUCGAGGUUUUAGUGGAUCAACGAGUUAAGUCGGCCGAUUCAGCAUCUGCUCCUGUGAAUAGUGUUCAUAAUAGAGAAGAUGGUAAUGGUUUGCCUCAACCUCGAUCGCCUAAACCAACUAAUGCAACUGGGGAUCAGUUUUUGAGCAGGUUCAGUAGAAAUGCAAACCUGGUUGCGAACGGGGUAGCAAAGAACAUGCGUAGAGUAGGGAAUCAAAUAAAACAGAGUGUUGAUGAUGUAAUCUAUCCAUACAAAAGACCACCAAAGUAAGAGGCUAAUCUUGCCCGCUACAUUAUACUUACUGUGGACCAGAACGAAGAAUCUACGUUGAUUAAUAGUGUAUAUUUUUGCUCAUUUCUUUCAUGUAAGAUUGAUUAGAGGCAAACCUUUUUCUUGUAAUAACUUCAAUAUUUAACCAAAAUGUUCUUUUGGUCUGAAAAGUAGGAAUCCCUGCAUCAGCUUUUCUUCUGUAACAUUAUACCUUAUCAUCCUUUUAUUUUGUACACUAGUCACGAAAUGCCCAUGUAAUAACAUAUUUGCUUCUUUUAAAUUGGACCUUUUUUUUUUGUCUA